GAAUCAUUUCAUUUCACCUCCAUUUGUGAGCUCGCAAAAAUCCCUUUCUCUGUCUCACACGCACAGAAGCCGCUUCAAAAUCAGCAAUGGCGACACUAGGUAGAUUAUCGAGAAGAGUAAUAGCAACAACUCUCUCCGGUCACCUCCGCCACCACCAGAGUCACAAUCUCAUCCGCCGCACGCUGGCGACGGAAGCUCAGGCGGCAAUAAAUGAAUCGCCGGAUCGAGUGAAGUGGGACUAUAGAGGGCAGAGGAGGAUCAUUCCACUAGGUCAGUGGGCACCGAAAAUCGCCGUCGAUGCCUACGUGGCGCCGAAUGUUGUCCUUGCUGGUCAGGUGACCGUCUGUGACGGCGCUUCUGUAUGGAACGGAGCCGUCCUAAGAGGAGAUCUAAAUAAGAUUACAGUAGGGUUCUGCUCUAGCAUUCAGGAAAAAUGUGUGGUUCACGCUGCUUGGUCUUCUCCUACAGGGCUGCCGGCAGAAACAGUAGUAGACAGGUACGUUACAGUUGGUGCAUACUGUCUGUUGCGAUCCUGCACAAUUGAGCCAGAAUGCAUUAUUGGCCAGCACUCAAUCCUUAUGGAAGGUUCAUUGGUGGAGACUAACUCUAUCCUUGAGGCUGGGUCGGUGCUCCCACCUGGGAGGAGGAUUCCAACUGGUGAACUCUGGGCUGGGAAUCCCGCAAGAUUUGUCAGGACCUUGACCCAUGAAGAGAUAAAAGAGAUACCUAAGCUUUCUACUGCAAUAAAUGAUUUGGCCAAUGCUCACCACUCAGAAUUUCUGCCUUACUCCACCGUAUAUUUGGAAGUUGAGAAGCUUAAGAAGUCAUUUGGUAUUUCGAUUUAGAAUUUUUGUUUUUUCGAUUGUACUUGUUGGGAGGAAAUAAGAAAAUUAUAAGACUCGUAAGUGAAACUUAGGGUCUGUUGUUUUUUUAAAUGUGAUUCUACAAUCCGGCGGAGCAAAUGUUUGUUCU